UCUCACUUGAUUGUUUAAACUUGUCAAAAUUAUUAAUUGUGAGCCGCAAUCAUUGCGCGCCUAACUUUAUUAAUAACCGGCGGGUAUAUAACGCGCAAAUCGGUCCACGCGUUGUCUAAUUUUACGCGAGCGCUCUUCGCAAGUGCAAGUGCAAGAUUACAUAAAAUGCAACAUGUCCAGCUGUCCCCCGAGAUUUCCGUGCCGAUUAUUGGCUUGGGCACAUGGAAAGCACAUCCGGAUGAGAUGCAAACCGCCAUCGAGACCGCCAUUGCAGCUGGAUACCGUCAUUUCGACACUGCAUUUAACUACAACACCGAAGAAUCCCUGGGCAAUGCAUUGGAACGUUUGAUUCUACAAGGAAAAAUCAAACGCUCUGAAUUAUUCAUCACAACAAAAUUGCCCGUGUUUGGGAAUCGUGCCAGCGAUGUCGAGCGUUUUCUUACAAUGUCACUAGCGAAAUUAAAAAUGGACUACGUGGAUCUCUACCUGAUUCAUAUGCCAUUUGCGUUUGCUUGUGAAGCGGAUUCAAUGCAACCAGCGAAAAACGACGAUGGGUCCAUGCGGUUGGAUAUGGAUAGUAAUCCCCUCGACACCUGGCGAGCCAUGGAGGCUGAGGUGCGUCGUGGACGGGCGAAAACAAUCGGUUUGUCCAACUUCAACAUUAAUCAGAUUCGUAAAUUAUACUCAGAGGCUAAAAUCAAACCCACAAUGUUACAAGUCGAGAUACACGCUUAUCAUCAACAAACAGAGUUGAUACAAGCAUGCAGGGAGUUAAAUAUGGCCGUUACGGCGUAUUCCCCAUUGGGUAGUCCUUGUGCGCAGAGCCAUUUUCAGGAAAAAUACGAUCACAAACGUGAUAUUCCUGAAUUAUUAACCGAUCCAGUCGUGGAAGAAAUCGCCAAGAGUUUGGAUAAAACGCCUGGGCAAGUACUUCUGAAACAUUUAAUACAACGCGACGUUGUGGUGAUACCAAAAUCAGUGAAUACCAAACGCAUUAAGCAAAACAUCGACAUUUUGGAUUUUGAACUCUCAGAUGACCACCUAGCGAAACUAGACGCUUUGGAUCGAGGUGAGAAAGGCAGAGUUUUCGAUUUCAGAUUCUUCAAAGGCGUAGAAACUCAUCCGGAGUAUCCUUUCGCAAACAAAACGCACAUCCUAUGAAUUAUGCAAAAAAUCGUUGAAUAUAUUAAUAAAAAAAAAGUGGCUUACAAGAGA